CGUUUACAUUGUAUUUCCAAAGAUGUGAGAUGCAAAGAAAUUGAAAAAUAUCUAUAUAUAAGCAAUUUACAACUGAAACUAUAACAUACAAUCUUUAAAGAAAAAAGAAUAGUCAAGAGAGAAACAAAAUAUGAAGGUUGCGGCAAUCUUUUUGGCUUCUUGUGUCCUUUUCUCUCUUAUCCCCACCCACUUAUCACAUGAAGAACCAACGGUUGCACCAACAGAAGAACUAAUGUUUGCACCAAUGAAGGAACCAAAGUACUGUCGUUCGAGACAAGUGUUUGAUGGAUCAUGCACAGACAGAGGCAGUCCACGCAUGACUUGUUUCCUUGAUUUCUUGGGUGCACGAAGUGCAAGUGAGAUGCCUAAGAACUGCAAUUGUACUCCUCAGCCCAAUAACAAGCGUCUUUGUGAAUGUUCAGUUAUUUGCACCGAUUGUUGUAUACAUAAUUAACACCUACUAAUAUGUUGUUAUUUACUUAAUUUUCAGCAUAUUUUCAAUUAUAAUUAAAUUUUGUCUCCAAUAAUAAUACCUUAGAUCUCAUAUUCAACUGUUAAAUUAUUUUAAGUGGUCAUAUUUUAGUUUUCUGAGAUCAUUCCGGCAACCACUCUGAUUUACCUCAAAAGUAUAAUAACAUCAAUUUUUGGUUGGGCUAGAGAAGUUUUGUCUAUCUAAUAAUAGAUCCAGCGAUUCAACACCACUUUUGGUGGCUUGAUGAAUUCGAUUUCAGAUAUUAGUUAAAAUAGCGUAAUUCAAAUUAAGUAUUAAGAAAAAUCAAAGAUAGAUAACUAGAAAGAACAAUUCAUAAUAAAAAUAAUUUGUAAAUAAAUUUAAAUAAAUAUCC